AUGGCGGGCACGCCUUUUGAAAUUCCUGGUCUCGGCCAGGCCAAACCGAAUGAGCAACUGCCAAAAGAGAACUUCACCCCCGACCUCCUCGUCGCAGCCGCAAGUAUAUUGGGGGAGCACGGGCUCAUCGGGUGUGGUACUAACGGGAACGCGCAGUGGGAGAGGAAGCAAAAAGAAGAACAAGAGAAGCAACAAAAAGAGGAGGCAGCAAACACAACAACAAUGACGGACCAGGCAGAUAAGGACAUCACGAUGCAAGGCCAAGACUCCAAGAGCGCGGAACAAAACCAAGAUAUUAAGAUGCAAGAUCAAGGUGCGAGAAGCGAGGAGGCCCAAAGUGCCGACACCGGCAUGAAGGACAGCGACGGCACGGCGAGUCACGACCUGACGCGUGCCUUGGAAGCCGCCCUUGAGUCGCACAUUGAGGAGCCUGCUGGACCGACUGAGCAGCAGGGUGGAGGCAGCGCCGCCGAACAGCAACAGGGUGCGACCGAUGCGCAGCAAGAAGGGGAACACCCAGAGUGGGAGGUUGACUCGUCGCCUUACGUGUCGUCCUCAGAAUCUUCUAGCUCUGACAGUUCAGAUGAGGAUUCGGAAGAUGAAGGCGGUCAUCCUCUUCUCAGCAUCGAGGAAACUGCCCGCCUGCUGAUGGCUGCUGACGGAGACGGCGAAGGAGAUGGCGAUGGUGCCGGAAAAUCCAGGGGCGCCGGUUCGGUACUCCGUACGAAGAACGAGAUGCCCGAAGAGGUCCUUCCCAAGCCCGAGGUCACCAUUACCCCAGAAAUGAAGAUCGAGCCUCUGGGAACUAUCGAGACCAUUCUCGAGAACAUUGUUGUCAUCAAGUCGCAAACUCCAGGCGAGGUCCAGGUCAUCGAAGUUGGCUCGGUGGUCUGCAAAGAGGACAGAACAGUUAUCGGCGCGCUGUCCGAUGUCUGGGGCAACGUGAAGGACCCUAGGUACACGCUGAUGUUCGCCGAGGAGGACGAAAUUAAAGAACUCGGGCUGGCGGUCGGGAUGCCCGUCUAUUACUCCGUCGAGCACGCCCAAUAUGUCUUUACCCAGCCUUUGAAAGAAGUCAAGGGCACUGACGCCAGCAAUCUGCACGAUGAGGAAGUGGCAGCCGACGAGAUGGAGUUCUCUGACGACGAAAAGGAGGCAGAGUACAAGAGACAGCAGAAGAUGAAGAAGCGCGGCGGAAAAGGUGGCCGCGGAGGACGUGAGCAGAGCAUUGCGACCAGUCACACAAUGUCCCCCAGGCAAGGUCCUGGUGCCAGCCUCAACUACGACGAUGAUGAGGAUGGACCCUAUAGACCCUUGGCCCGACCUCCUGGCUAUGGUCAGGGCGGCCCGUCAUCACUUCCCAAUUUGCCCCCUAGGCCCGAGACCGGGUUCAGUCCGCCUCGUGGCGGACGGGGUCACGGUCACCGCGGAUCCCAUCGCGGCGGGCGUGGUGAUUUCCGGGGACGCAACAACCGUGGCGGUCACCGUGGCGGCGACCGGAGACGCGGCUCGCGGGGAGGUGGAAGCGGAAGUUAUCCGCAGUUUGGCCUCGAUGGCGCGGCUUCGCCGCAAGCACCUUUCUCUAGCCUCCCACCGCCUGCUCCCCAGAAUCCGCACCUGCCCCCUCCCCCCUUUGGUGCGAAGCCUCCGGUGCCCGCCGGCCAUUGGCCUACCCCUACCGCCCCCUUUGCACCCCCUCAAGUGCCAUACCCGCACCCGCCGUCAGGUCGGCCGCAGAUGCCCCCUACCCAUCAUCAGCCCCCGGCGGGUGAUUUCACCUUCAACUACCAGGCCUGGAACCAGACCCAAGGCCAACAGUAUCAAUACCCUCCUGCGGCUCCUCACCAUCCGCCGCCUGCUCCCCAUCAGCCGGCCCACCCGACUGGCUAUGCGCAGCCGCCUGUGCCUCCGCAAGUCCCUGCUUGGCCGAUGGCCAGCGCCGCUCCGCAGGUGUCUCCAGCCACAGGCGCAUACAACCCAGCUUUCUACGGCGGCUACCAGCAACCGCAGCAACCGCAGCCGGGACAGGAGUACUGGACCCAGCAGCAGCAUGGCAGUUAUGGUCGGGGGCCAACCCAGUAA